CAUUCAGUCCCUCCCUCCUUCACUCACUUCAAAACAUGAGCCAAGCUAUUAAGACCCUAGUUGAGAGACUUAUUCGCGAGAACAAGGUCAUGUUCUUUGGCAAGAGCUAUUGUCCCUACUGCAAGAACGCGAAAAACAUCCUGGGUGCCAAGGGUAUCCAGUUCAAGGCCUACGAGAUUGACCUCGAGAAAGAUGGUGCUCAGGUUCAGGAUUACUUGCUGCAGAAGACUGGACAGCGCACUGUUCCUAACAUCUUCAUCAACACGCAACACCUUGGAGGCAAUUCCGAUCUGAUCGUAGCCAAGGAGAAUGGAAAGUUGGAUGUAAUGCUGAGCUACAAAACUGAGCUGUAGACACCACUUUUGCUACUGGAUAUGUGCUGCCAAGGUGCCAGCGAACAGUUAGAUACCAUCUCUUUUCAAAGCCCUGGUCUUGUACAGUAAAAAAUGCUAGCCGUAGUGAAUGUUUGCUUAAUACGUAUGCAUCAAUGAAGCAGGCUGGGAAGUUUAGCGCUGUCUACGACGACGCGAUGCGACGCGUCUUUCCGUGACCGCCGCAGACAGUGACGUAGCAAAUGCUUGGCUUGGAAAAAUCAGCUCCACCAUUCUC